CGUAUCGAUUACUGCAAUUGCGGUUAAUAUAAAAUUGUCGGUGGCGCGGGCUCGUCUGGUCGUGCCGGCCUCCAUCGCGUAGACACUCUAUGUGUUCAGCACGGUGCACAUUCGUAGUCCGGUCGUUGGUCAGACAACAACAGCAAAAUCGUCUUCUCCACCACCGACGCAUCUCGAUUCAUACGGACCCGUGUUCCUACACUCAUCGCAGUGGCGCGAUGAGCGGUCAGCAUUUAGCAGAUGGUCGGUUGACACCGGGAAAUGGUGGAAAUCGUAGCCCAGUCGAUACUAAAUCGCCCACGUCCAUCGAAAAACAACACAGUUACGAGCAAAUAGAUCAUGCUCAUUUUUUGGCCAAUGACAUAGGCACUAUUUAUCUCAAUGACAGGUUUUCUGAUGUUGUAUUGGUGGUUAAUGGUGAACGUUUCCAUGCUCACAGAGUGGUGUUGGCUUCAAGGAGCGAUUAUUUUAGAGCGCUGUUAUAUGGUGGUCUCAAAGAAUCUCAUCAAUCAGAAGUGGAAAUAACUGAAGCUUCGAUAAAUUCAUUUAAAAAACUUCUCGAAUAUAUUUAUUCAGGGCGUAUGAACUUAAGUAUAUUAAAGGAUGAAGUUAUCUUAGAAAUAUUUAGUCUUUCCAAUUUAUUUGGUUUCACAAAUUUGGAACUUUCACUAUGCAAAUAUUUACGCAGUAAUAUCAAUGUUUAUAAUGUGUGCUCCAUGUUUGCCGCAGCACGUUUAUAUCAGCAUAAAGAGUUGGUUAUUGAAGCGUUGAAUUUUACAGACUGUCAUGCAUUAGAAGUACUUCAAUCUGAAUCUUUUUUAUCUCUUUCACCUGAAGCACUUCAAGAAGUACUUAAUAGAGAUUCAUUGUAUGCAUACGAGUUGGAUAUAUUUCGUGCAGUUUGUCGUUGGAUUAAAGCAAAUCAGGAUGAUGAAGACCCUGAAGCUAAAAUUAAAGUUUUGUCUGCUGUCAGAUAUCCCUUGAUGAGUUUGGAUGAAUUACUUUCAGUUGUGAGGGAAUCACAACUUGUUAGUUCUGACAACAUUUUGGAUGCCAUACAACUGCGAAAUACAUUACCUUCGCAUAAGCUCAAAUUUAGAGGACAGCUAAAACCUAAUCUAAAUAUUGCUCAUCCUUCACAAGGCGCUCAGGUAAUGCAAGGAGAACUGCGUUCAGCGUUAUUAGAAUCUGAUUCUAAUGGGCAUGAUCAUGAGCGGGGCUGUACUAGACAUUUAAUUAAUGAAAGCGACAGUGGUAUUAUGAUAAAGCUUGGUCAUCCAUCAAUUAUAAAUUAUAUAAAAAUGCAACUAUGGGACAAGGAUCUCAGGUCCUAUUCUUAUUACAUCGAAGUAUCAAUGGAUCAGCAUGAUUGGGUGCGUGUCAUUGAUCAUUCUAAUUAUUAUUGUCGAUCAACACAGCGUUUGUGGAUACAUCCUCGGGUAGUGCAAUACAUUCGUAUUGUUGGUACCAAUAACACCGUUAAUAAAUCUUUCCAUACAGUUUCAAUGGAAAUAAUGUAUAAUUCUGAAGAAAUGAAUUCAGUAGACAUUGAAAAAGGAUUAGUAGUACCAAAAUUUAAUGUUGCUACAAUGGAUAUGAAUGCUAUUGUUAUUGAUGGAGUGAGUCGUUGUCGAAAUUCACUAUUGGAUGGCAACUGUAAAGAUUAUGACUGGGAUUGUGGUUACACAUGUCAUCAGUUGGGCUCUGGAUGUAUACUUGUCCAACUUGGUCAACCCUAUAUGCUUAGUUCAAUGAGAAUGCUACUUUGGGAUUGUGAUGAUCGUUAUUAUAGUUACUAUGUUGAAGUAUCAGUUAACAUGUGGGAUUGGGAAUUGAUUGUUGACAAAUCAAAAGAGCAUGUUCGAUCUUGGCAACUUUUGCAGUUCAACUCUCGGCCUGUUGUAUUUAUUCGUAUUACUGGUACAUAUAAUUCAGCUAAUGAGGUUUUUCACUGUGUUCAUCUAGAGGCACCAGCUCAAGUUCCAUUAGACUUAAAUACAGCUGAAGUUGAACAGGAAAUUUCAAACUUACAAGUAACAAACAAAUUAAACAAUAAUGAAUUGGAUGAGCCUGAGUCGUUGGAAACAUCACCAACCACAGAAGCAGAAACUUCAACAGCAGUAGCGGGCAGCCUGAUUAUUUAAAUCAUUUAUUUUACUGCACCAUUGCUAAUGAUCCUCGCUUAUUUUCCAUAAUAGACUGAAUGUUAUAUCAAAUUGUUAUUUAUUUAUUUUUUCGUAUAAAUUAUACAGUUAUUAAUUUUUCACUAUUUAUAUUUUUAAAUUUCCCAUUUUUAUAAAUGGUUAAUUGUUUUUAAAUAUUAUUACAAUUUGUUGUAAGUUACAGGUAUCUUUUAUUCUAUAUAUUUAUUAAAAAUAAUUAUUUUAUACUCUUGCACUAUACUUUAUUAUAUUCUGUAAAAAACUUGUAUGUAUAUUUUUAAAUUAAAUAAUUAUUUGUAUUGAUUUUAACUUAGAAUACUUUUUUUGUUUUUGCUGUUCAUAUAAAAAUAUAUAUUUUUGUUUGUCGUAA